AUGGUGAGUUCGUCAUUGGAUCAAAGCAUUAAGAAAACAUUAACAAAGGAGCCACCAGCUCAAAGUGACGCAGUGAACAUAAAUAUUAAUAACAACAACAACAAUUACACAAAUAGCACUGAAGUGAAUUUUGGUGGUGAUCCAUUAGCAUCUAGUGAGAAAAUUCAGUUGCUUUUCCCAAAAUGUAAACCGAGAAGUGAUUAUCAAUAUCAGAAAAAUACGAAAUCAAAUUCAUUCGACAAUUCAUCAUUAGCCAACUUAAUAUCGAUUGAAACUACGACAUCUCAAUUCCAGUCAGCACAUAUGUUCAAUGCACAAACAGCAAACAGUGGCCCAAGCAAUUUCAACAUGAAUAACAGUAAACUCAUGAAAUUGCAUAUGCCAAUAUCACCUGAUAAACAGCUUCCACCUUUAGGUCAUUAUCCUGAAUCAAGUGGAAAGAAUAUGAGACCUAAACAUGACAAAAACGAAAGUUAUGCAGAAACAAACCCUUUUCGUAUCGGAAAUAGCAAUCGAUACAUUUUUUCAAAGCAUGACUCAAUAUUUGAGAAUAACAAUAGCACUGCAACGACAGCGGCAUCAGCAUUAGCAGGAAAUAAUAAAAAUAUGUUGCAUCAUUAUCAUUCGCCAUCGCUACUUUAUCAAAAGCCUUUAGAUGAACAACAAUCGUAUUAUUUCAAAGAAGAUGAAGUUGAACAUAAUCCUUAUGUGGUCAACACAAAGCUUAACUCAGUGAACACAAUUUCACCAACAAUUUUAAAAGCAACUCCACCAGCAACACCACCGGCUUUAGUGUCAUCACCAGCCGAUUCACCAUCGCCACAUGAAUAUAACAGAAAUGUUUGGGAUUUGUCACCUAUUAAAACAACUACACCAACGAAAGUUAAAACACAAUCACCAUCAUUAGUCUCGUAUUUACGUUCUCAAAGGGGAUCUUAUAAGAAAUUAGCAGCUUCAACCAUUCCAAUCGAAGAAGAUUCUGAAGCUGGACAUUUCUAUUACAAUAACACAAAUCCGUAUUAUUCAGCACUUCAAACUGAUAGCGAUUCAAAUGAACCAACAAGUUAUAAUGACGUAGUGAAAAAUGAUUCGCGAAUCAACACAUUACAUUCUAAUAAUGAAUUGAAAAUGAAGAAAUCGGAAUCAAUUUAUUCGCAAAUAAGUAAGAAAACUGAAAGGAAAAUUGUCAAGUCUAAGUCUGCUUCAGGGAUCAUGGAAUAUGAUGGUUCACCACGACGUUUUGGAAUGUCAACAAAUGAUGAAGUUGAAAAUCAUUAUCAGCCAUUUGAUCAUAAAGACAACAAUCGUUCAUCGCCAUCGCCACCACGCCCUGGAUUUCCGCAAAGAAUUAUUUCUUAUGGACAUCAUCAACCAGCAGUGACAAAUCAGUUGGUUGAUGUUCAAAGUGAUGAUCAUAAAAAUGUUUCUCCAGUUCCACAUUAUUUAACAUCUUCUAAGUUGAUUCCUUCAACAUUCAUUGUUAACGAAAACUUUGAAGCUCAAGUUGAACAGCAAAAAACGAAUAUUGAAGAUGAAACAACUGAUGAGACAUCAAAUCAUCUAAAAUCUCAAGUAACAACGUCAAAUCUCUUUCCAACUCAUGCAACAGAAUCAUCAAAUGAACAUGAUCGUUACGAUUUGGAAAAUAAGCAAACAAAUAAUAGCGAUGUCGUUUUUCAAGUUAACUCACCAACUGAAGAUGUUCCAACAUCAACUUUCGAUUAUUUAUAUGAAUUUUCAGAAACAAGAAAAGUUUUGGAAGAAUUCUUCAAAUGUCCCGACACUGAUCGCAUCGUAGAAUUGGAAAAACUCAGCGAUUUUAAUGAGAGUAAUGAAAGCUUGGAUAUUCAAUUUGAUUAUCGUCGACAAAUUGAAAAAGAAAUGGAAAGUUUGUCAAAUUCUAAUAAGAAAAAUACUGGAACACCUAUGAACAUACCUGAUGACAUUGAUGACGACAAUAGAGACGAUAAAGUUGAUGACGAAGAUGAUGAAGAAGAAGAAGCUUAUUUGAAGACGAAGCAACAAAAUGGUUUUGGCAAUAAAAAAUAUACGAAAGAAAAAGGCGAAAAUCUUGAUUAUUUCUUCGAUUCAGCAAGUCGUAGCAGUUUAUGUGAUGGGAAUGUCGAACAUGAGAAUGGAUUGGAUACUUUGACAAACAAAAGCAUUCGAAAAUUGAACAAGCCAUUGUCCAAGACUAACACACAUAAAAAGCAAUCGAAGAACUUUAAUUAUUCUCCCGAUACGACAGAUUAUGACUCCAAUUAUGGAGACUUUGAUUUUGAUAGCGAAAGCCCUUUAAGAUUCGUGUCGUCCGAUCAAUUGAAUAUGUUGGCGUUUAACAAUUCAAAUACAGCGACUGUUCCCUCAGCGACUGUUGAUUUGAGUGGUGGGCCUAUUACAAAUUAUGCACGCUAUUGCUCAAGCAUGCCAGUUCUCGAAGAUGGCUUAUCUAGUGGACAUGCAUCGGAUAACGAAAAUAACAAUCCAGUCACUUCAACAUUCGAUUUGAACUUUUUAAAUCAACAGCAUAAUAAUGCGUCGUUGUCGAUUAGUACGAUUCAAAAACAAUAUCAAGAUAUAGAGUCUCUAAAUUCAACAACAAACUUUAUUAAGCCACAAAAGCUUUUUAGAAAUCGUGAUUCUGAAUUAGAAUCAUUAUACACAAUAAACACAAUGCAACAUACGCCACCACCACCUGCGCCAGUACCACACAGAAAACCGCAAUUUAAUGACACCCAAAUGACUUCGCCUAUUAAACAAAGCACUGACAUCCAUUCAGCAUUGGAAGAUAUAAGAACAACUUUGCAGAAAAGUAAUCCAACUGCUGAAAUCACAAAUACGCAAGAUUUUAAUACAAAUAAUAAUGUCGGAAUGAAAAAUAAUUUUCCCAACUACUAUGAGAAGACUUCGGCUAUGUCAAUGUCUCCAGUUUGGGUUCCAAGAUCUCGUGAAAAGAAUGACCACUCACCAGUUCCUAAUGAGACGAACUAUUUGCUUUCAAAAAAUAAACAUAGCGAUGAAGAGGAAGAAGAAAUUGAUACUGAUUUAGAAACAGACCGACUUUUAGGACAUCAGAUGCUUGAUGAUGGAUUUUAUAAUGAGAAAGCAUGGGCUGAUUCAAAGCAGUGCAGAUUUCUAAACACAUCACUGACUUCAAAAAUAUCACCAAAUAUAAAAAUCAGUCCAUCGAUUCCACAAUCAAAUUCGUCUCUUCUAAGACAUAGUAUUAAUGCUUUGCUUCCCACUUCAAAUUCAUCGGAUUGUUGUAAUAAUAACAGCAAUAGCCCAACACUUUUGAACACAAACACUUCGUUUCAUCAACAAACACGCUCAUCUCUAAAGAAUUCACCAUCAAUGGAGUCAGGGAAUUUAUUAAAUCUCAUUACAGCAAGCACCGAAGCUUCACCUGAACGUAAGAAUGAGAAAUCUUCGCUUAGAAAUAUUGAAGAAGUUAAGCAACAAGAACCACCAGCACCAAAACAUCUCACAGAAACCCCUGAACAUUUAGAAAAUGAAAUCGUUGAUAGUCCAGGUGGAUCAAGUUCUGAUGGAUUUAAAAAGGAAACUUUACAAAGCAGUGAUAAAAAGAAGAAAAAUAAAAAUAAAGAAGUGCUUAUCGAAGGAGUUUUAUUCAGAGCACGAUAUUUGGGAUCGACGCAACUUGUUUGUGAAGGUCAACCGACAAAAUCAACAAGGAUGAUGCAAGCUGAAGAAGCUGUUUCGAGAAUUAAGGCUCCUGAUGGAGAAAACCAACCGACCACAGAGGUUGACCUCUUUAUAUCGACUGAAAAAAUUAUGGUUCUCAACACAGAUCUGAAGGAAAUUAUGAUGGAUCAUGCACUUCGAACGAUCUCAUAUAUUGCUGAUAUUGGUGAUCUUGUUGUAUUAAUGGCACGUCGUAGAUUCGUUCCUCAAGAUAUUGAAACAAAUAGUGACAGCGGAACUGGAACUGGAGGUAGUGGUAAUGUAAGUGGCGGUAGUAGCGGUCCAACACCCCCAACAAGUGGAAAAAUUAAUCGAACGCCGAAAAUGAUUUGUCAUGUGUUUGAAAGUGAAGAAGCGCAAUUUAUUGCUCAAUCAAUAGGUCAAGCAUUCCAAGUGGCAUACAUGGAGUUUCUGAAAGCGAAUGGAAUUGAAGAUCACAGCUUUAUGAAGGAAAUGGAUUAUCAGGAAGUGCUUAACAGUCAAGAAAUCUUUGGCGACGAACUAGAAAUAUUCGCUAAAAAGGAAUUGCAGAAAGAAGUUGUCGUUCCUAAAGCAAAGGGAGAAAUUCUCGGCGUUGUUAUUGUUGAAUCUGGUUGGGGAUCGAUGCUUCCAACAGUCGUGAUCGCAAAUCUCGCUUCAAAUGGAGCGGCUGCUCGAUGUGGCCAACUCAAUAUUGGUGAUCAAAUCAUCGCGAUUAACGGAUUAAGUCUCGUUGGACUUCCACUUUCUCAAUGUCAGUCUUAUAUUAAAAAUACAAAGAAUCAGACUGUAGUCAAGUUCACUGUUGUGCCGUGCGCUCCUGUGGUGGAAGUGAAGAUUAAAAGACCAAACACCAAAUACCAGCUGGGAUUUAGUGUACAAAAUGGCGUGAUCUGUAGUCUUUUGAGAGGUGGAAUUGCAGAACGUGGCGGUGUUCGUGUUGGACAUCGGAUCAUUGAAAUAAAUAAUCAAAGUGUUGUUGCUGUUCCACAUGAAAAAAUCGUUAAUUUGCUGGCGACUUCUGUUGGCGAGAUAUUAAUGAAAACAAUGCCGACAUCGAUGUUCCGACUGCUAACUGGACAAGAAAGUCCAAUUUAUAUUUAAAUUCCAAUAAUUAUAAUUAUAAAAGGUGAAACAUUCAGUUGCGUUUAUAAUCUGCUAUAUAUUUACACUGCAACUAUUCGAAGAGACUUAACAAUUAUUCGCAUAAAUUUAAACUUUUCAAAUGAUAAAAAUGAAGAAAAAAAACUCACUGAAUUUCAGUAUUUAAUUGCUGCUUCUGUUUCAUGAACUUUAGCAAGCAAAAGAUGAAGAUAAAUCAUUGCAUUUGUAUAAAUUCUUGCAUGAAUUUUGGAAAAUAUUCUGCAAAAGAUAAAAGAUAAAAAUUUAGAAAGUAAGAUUUCAAUAUUUAUAAAAAUAUAUUUAUUAAUUAAUUCAUGAACGGAAAAAUGAAACUAAGAUAUGUAAGUGAAAUAAUUUGAAUUGUUUCUGCAACCCACGCUUUGGCUACGAUAUUUUGAAUUGCCACCCACCCACACUAUUUAACAUUUAUUGAUAGUUGAGAUUCUUUUAUUUUUAUGAUCAGAUUCAUGUUCGAUAGAUGAAAAGGAAAGAAAGAAAACUUUAUUAAGCUUGCAUAUCUAUAAGUUCAUUGCAUCUAAGUCAUCAUCACAUAUCUCUCCUUUCACUUUAUGCUUUUUGCACGAUUAAAUAUAUUUUUCAACUGGAUAUCUAUUUAAGAUGAUAAAUGAAAGUCUAGUUAUGAUAUAUUUUUUAUGUUGAUUAGUAAAUCUAAAAAGAUUUUUUCGUGGAUGUGUAAUUUGCUUAAAAGUUAUACUCAUAAGAAGUAGCAACUAACUAAUUGCAGCAGCAGCAGUAAGAGAUUUAUGUGAAAUGCUUGUUUCUGAACAACACGAAAGAAAUGUUUGAAAGAUAGAACUGAUUUGAAGGGAAGAAAGAUAAAACAGAAAGUUAAGUUAGCGUGUUCGUGUGUCCGUGAGUGUUAUAAAAUGUAAUCAUAACUUGAAGGAAGAUAAAAGAAAAAUAAAUUGUGUAAUCUUACUCAUUAAAGAUACAAGAAGAAUAUUUAAAUAAGAAAGCUAUAUCAAGUAAAGUAAUUUUAAGAAAAUUACAACAAUUAAUUAUAAGAAGCAUUUUAUUUUCCUUCUCUUAAUUUUUUUAUUGUCAUCUUUUGAAAUUAAUAGCAAAAAGCUUCUUUCUGUUUAUGAUUAAAAUUAAUCUUGCAUCGCACUUGCACUCUCAUUGAAAUGAUCAACAGAAAGCGUGUGCAGUCUUACAUUAAUAAAGGAAAAAACUUUCAUGAAGAUUUAUUCACAUAAAUGCAAAUACCUUCAACAUAAAACUGCUUGUCGCUUAUUCGGAAAUUGGAAUCUUUAAGAAUUGAUGAAGAUAUUAAAAAGCUGAAAACAGUGAAUCAUGAAAUUGCUCACAAAAUCGUGACAUGAAAAUAUUGCUUUGCUAUGAGUUUAAACCGAUUAACUCUUGGAUUUGAGAUUUAAGCAAAAAAUCCUUUGAAGUGUUUCCCAAGCGACAACACAAGCGAUGAACUUUAAUAAAUAAUAAAGAUUGUUAUUGAAGUAAUUAACGUUCAGAUCUCUUGUCUAUUAAUCCAAUUUAAAAGACGUUUUGGUGUUAAAUCUAGAAUGAAAUGAAGAAAUUUUUUAUUCAACAAUUAUCUAUUUUUUCUUUCAAUUCUUAAGUUUUGCUUUUAAAAUUGAAAAUUUAAAUCAAGUAAGGAAAUAAAUGAAUAAGGAAGAAGAAAAAGAAGAGAUAAGAAAAUGCUUGAUUGCUACACAAAAUAUGAUACAUAAUUGAGAAUGUUAAAUAAGCUGGAAAAAAAAUAUUCAAGUAAUUUCAAAAAGGAUGCUAAUAAAAAUAUUUAUCAAAAAA